AAGAUUCCGUGACAUACAGUAUCAAGAGAAAAGCACAACUAUGGCUACUCCGCCUAAAAGAAUAUGCUCCAGUCCGGUUUUCGACAACAGCUUCGAGAAACGAUCAAAAAAAAUAUCCAUUGAAGGAAACAUUGCUGCAGGCAAAUCAACAUUUGUUCGCAUGUUAGAAAAAGCAAGCGAUGAAUGGGAAGUUGUCCCAGAACCUAUUGCCAAGUGGUGCAAUGUUCAAAGCACUGAAGAUGAACAUGAGGAAUUGUCUACAUCUCAGAAAAGUGGAGGAAACCUCCUUCAGAUGCUCUAUGAUAAUCCUUCAAGAUGGGCUUAUACAUUUCAAACGUACGCUUGCCUUAGUAGAGUAAGGGCACAACUUAAGCCAAUAUCUCCUAAAUUACGUGAAGCUGAUCAUCCUGUUCAGUUUUUUGAAAGAUCUGUUUACAGUGACAGGUAUGUGUUUGCGUCAAGCUUGUUUGAGUCUGGAAGUAUCAAUGAAACAGAAUGGGCUAUAUAUCAAGACUGGCAUGCAUGGCUUCUGAAUUCAUUUGAAAGUGAAAUAGAGCUGGAUGGCAUUAUCUACAUCAGAGCUACACCAGAUAAAUGCAUGGACAGAUUACAUCUUCGUGGUAGAGAGGAAGAGCAAGGAAUAGAGCUGGACUACUUGGAAAGUUUACACUAUAAGCAUGAAAAAUGGCUUUAUGAUAGAACAAUGCAUGUUGAUUUUGAGUCUCUCCACCAUACGCCAAUUCUGGUUCUGGAUGUAAAUGAAGACUUCAAAAAUGAUAAGAUAAGACAAGAAGCUUUACUGGACAAAGUUAAAGAGUUUUUGAUUUCACUGUGAGAAGUCUAUACUACCGAAUUUUAAAGUUUUUUUUUUUUUUUUGUUUGUUUUUUUUCCCCAAUUGAACAU